AUGGGCAAAGUAUGCUGUGAGUUCGCUGCCCUUUUCUUUUUGAGAACCCCAUUUAAUCCCGGCAACCGCGUCACCGUUUGGAAGGACGAAUUCUACUGUAUCUGUUGUUCCGAGUCUCUUUCUACUGCCUGCAGACAAGUAUCCGACCACAAGGAGGUCAUUUCUACUACUUCUCUCCAGAGCCAGUAUCAUGCACCUAUUCAGCCCAGGCUCUCCUUUGCAGACCGGUCGUCUCCCGUCACUUUCUCUGAAGGUAUCGAUGACAAAACCACUAUUAUUCACAAAGCCAGCAAUGGGAGUAUUCUUAAGCCUUCUCUUCGACAGUCCCAGACCAGUCAACCCGUAUCCACUGGAUACAAUGGUGGUGGACCUGACGUCACUGGUCGCCUCCGGCCCUUGCAUGCAUCUGCUCGCCAUCCAUUUUCGGAAUAUGGGCGGUUCUACAACCUGUCCUACGCAAGCAUCGCCGACCAGCCGAGCCGUCGAUCCACAGACGCCUAUCGACGCAACGGUCUUCACACUCCUGCCACAUCGAACAGCACCUCUCAUGUGCAACAUUUCCACAUACCUCAGGGCAAACGUUUCUCUCUCGAGCCUAACCGCAUUAUCCCUGCCGGUAUGUCCCGCAUUUCUCGGUCCUUCAACUCCUCUCUGCGCAACGCGCUGGCUAACAUGAAUGAGCUCGUGAUUCGGAAAGUUGUUCCCGUUUCAUCUCAGUACGCAAGCACCGGUAUCCUCUAUUCGUCUCCACGAGUAGCCUCCAACAUUUCGAACAAACGCUCUACUUUGAAUGAAAACUUAGAUGCUAGUCUCGAGGCCCGACGUUUGGCCAGUUUUCCAUCUGGUCAACCUCCUGAUGAAACCUUUGUCCCCGCCAUCGAACGAUAUGAUUGGCCCGCUCCUGCCUCCACAGCCGUUAUGACCUCAGAAAUGAUGCGUGAACGGCGGCAACGGCUGCGUGAACAGGGCGUUCUGCAUGAUAAUUCCGAAGAAAGUAUCGAAGAUCUCAGUAUUGACGCGUCAGUGGGCAGUCACUCCGAAUUGGAUCGCACGUCCGGUAUUGAAAGGGUGAGCUUUUGUUCAUUCUUUGCAUAUUUGGUAUUGAUUCUGGCUAGUCAUCAUCCAUAA